AAAAUGGGCAUGGCUUGCUGUUCUCUGGUAGUUGGGAAGGGAAGGGAGUAGUCUUCAGUGUAGAUGUAUACUAUAAGUAAGAAAGUGGGCACAGACUUUAAAUAACAAAUCUUUUUUAUCCCUAAUCAUUUCAUAGUGACUUGCCACAAAUUCCCAUUUCUUGUCAAUUCUCUCUGGCAAGCCCAUCGCCUCCUGAAAUUAGAAGGGAAGCAAUGAUCAGAACCAUUUCAUCUCCAACUGCCACGGCUUCGGUGUUCCUCGCAGUCCUCGUAUUCCUGACAUGCCUCUCGUCCGAAGCCGAACCAAACCUCCUCAACUCCUCGGACCUCCCGCUCGUCCCGGACCUCCCUCUCGUCCCGGAUCUCCCUCUCGUCCCGGAAAUCCUGGAAUUCCUCGACCAGAGGCUCGCGGUGAUCUACCCGGUGAUCCAAGCCUUCAAGUCCAUCAUCACCUUGGACCCGCUAGGAAUCACAAAGACAUGGCAGGGCCCGGACAUCUGCAAUUACCAAGGCUUCUACUGCGACAGCCCGCCAGACAAUAAUUCCGCAACCACCUUGGCUUCCAUUGAUUUCAAUGGUUUCCAGCUCUUUGCUCCGACCCUCGAGGGGUUCCUUGAUCAGCUCCCCGACCUUGCCCUCUUCCAUGCAAAUUCCAACAACUUUGGGGGCAUGAUUCCCUCUAGCAUCGCGAAGCUCCCUUACCUGUACGAGCUCGACUUAAGCAAUAACAGAUUUUCUGGGCCAUUUCCUAGUGUGCUAUUAGGAAUGCCAGAUCUCACUUUCCUGGAUCUUCGGUUCAAUUCCUUCACCGGAUCAGUGCCGCCCCAGAUAUUCGCCCAGAACCUCGACGUGCUCUUCCUCAACAAUAACGACUUCGACCAGAGGCUGCCUGAUGACAUAGGGAGCAAUCACGUUCUCUACCUUACGUUAGCAAACAACAAGUUCACGGGCCCUAUUCCUAGGAGCAUUUCCAGGGCCCUGUCCAGCUUAACCGAAGUGCUGUUCCUGAACAACCAGUUUACAGGUUGCAUUCCAUACGAGAUCGGGUUACUAAAUGAGGCGGUAGUGCUCGAUAUUGGGUACAAUCGUCUAACGGGUCCUUUACCAGCCUCUCUGGCUUGCCUUGACAAGGCGGAACAACUGAAUUUCGCCGGGAACUCCCUCCACGGGAUUGUCCCUGAGGUGAUAUGCUGGCUUGGAAUUGGGAAGAACCUGAUGAACUUCUCCCUGUCGAAUAAUUACUUCACUAAUGUGGGACCGUGGUGUAGGGCCCUGAUCGAGAGAGGGAUACUCGACGUGAGGAACAACUGCAUCCCCAAUCUCCCGUCACAGAGGCCUGUAUCUGAGUGCGCAGGGUUCUUCUCACGUUCGAGAUUUUUGUGUCCUCGGAUAUGGACUUACAACUAUGUACCAUGCAGUCGUCCUCAUCCCAGUUCAUCAGAUGUUCCAUUGAUUCCUGGGAGUGCUCCUACUCCUUGAAACUUAGAAACUCCAUUUUUUUUUUGUAUGUAAGAAGAGACUUUGUGGUCAUGUCGGGACUAAUCGAAUUUCCAAUGUUACGCUAAAAUGCAAUGGCAUGUCAAUACCGUUACCACAAAGUCCUAACGCAUUACAUGACCAUUCGUGCCGAACGAUUUCUUCAA